AUGUCCCUGGUUCCUAUACGAGCUUUUCUGACAAGCUCAGCUAUACUAUCCAGAGCUAAACCAUUGCAAUUCACCGAUUUAAAAUCCAUAAAACUUCGUGCACCAAUUCCUCCAACAGUUAAAAACUUUGAAGUAUCACCCGAUCAUCCAUUAUGGCAAUUUUUCCCCCAUGGUAAUAAGACCACUUCCCCCAUACGUGAAUCAGAAGAGUUGGAUUUAGACUCAAGAGAAUGGACCAGUGCUGAAUUACGUCGUAAAUCAUUUGAAGAUUUACAUACGUUGUGGUAUCUUACUUUAAGAGAACGUAAUGUGUUAGCUAGAGAAGUCAGAUUAGGUGAAAGUUUGGGAAUGGGAGACUUUAGACAGUUUAAUAUGCUUGAUAACAAAUUAAUAAAAACUCAAAAGAGGAUAAAACAAGUGUUGUUGGAGAGGCAUAUUGCAUUUGAAAGAGCCCAAGCUAGUCCUGAUGUAUAUACAGAACAACAGAAAUAUCUUCAAGAGUUCGAGGAGAGAUAUGUUACAUGUGAUGAGAGUGAGAUUGAUGAAAUGGACGCUAAGUUAUUACGAUUACAAUAUGCAUUUUUCGGUAUUGAACCAACAUUGAGUUUGGAAACUUUGCAAGAUGAUAUUAACCCCAAUUUCAUCAAGGGAAUAACUUAUACUAGUCAAGUGAAACUAAAUAGAUAUUUGGAACAAAACCCGGAAACGGAUUUUGCAUUGCCCUUGAAUGGUAUAAUGGAAGAAUUACCCUUCUUUUUAUAUGAUGUGAAUGAAGCUAUUGAACAAGUGAAGCAAUUGAGAGAAUCAGGACAAUCACGUAAGUUGGAUAAGAUUGAAGUUAUUCCAUUCUUGAAUAAUGCAAUUGGGAAGCAUCUAGGAAAUGGAGAAGAAGAAAAAGAAGGAGAAGUGACUGUAUAA